GUGGCCUAGCGAGCUCAAACUUUUCAAUAAUUUCGCUCGUCGGAAUUCAGUCGUUAUUCAGACUUCGAGCUGUUAACAUCAAUUUGUAAAUUUAUCCCGACUGCGAUAUAUUGAAAAAUGACCGGCCGUGGCAAAGGUGGUAAGGGACUCGGAAAGGGUGGCGCUAAGCGACACAGGAAAGUUCUUCGCGAUAAUAUCCAAGGUAUUACAAAGCCGGCUAUACGUCGUCUUGCUCGCCGUGGCGGCGUCAAGCGUAUCUCGGGUCUAAUCUACGAAGAGACCCGCGGUGUUCUGAAAGUGUUUCUCGAGAACGUUAUCCGCGAUGCAGUCACAUAACACCGAGCA